AUGCGCGAGCCAUUCUUGUUCUAUGAGGAAAAAACUCUGGGCGACCAGCUCGAUCCAAACAAUAUGAAGCGCAAAGACCUUGUGGGCACGAAGCACGCCAAGGAACUACCUUCAACCGGGCUCCUGGUAAAGCAAACCUACUCUGCCAUCGUGACAUUACCCGGGUCACCACCUGACGCCAAAAAACGAAAGUGGCAUAUCACUUGCUACUUUACCCACGAAGACUUUCCUCAUCUCCCCACACUCGAUAUGUAUCCCGUGAGAAAAAACGUAAAAGUCCCUCCUGGCGUAUACAGGAGUGGCAAAUCGCGGCAGAGCGCACGAAGCAAUGGCGACUUUGGCUACACAGAUGGCAAUAGCUCGAGAAGAACAUCUCCUUCUCCGCUGAGCUCCCCAAUAAUACCCAAUACUCCAACUACUCGUGGGUCAUCACGAUCAAGUUCGGCUACUAGCUCUCCAUUAGUUGCACACUCCGGCAUCCAAUGGGGGGUAGAUCGACAAGUCCUAGGACCCCAUGGAUACCCUAUAGACAGGAGAAGCUACGACCCACACGUGGUGGAGAUGAGCUCGCUGGAACUUCCUGCCAUACGGCCCAACAGUGCCUCCCUUCGACGGUCCGAUACUUAUGCUUUACGACAUCCCCAUGAUUCUAUUCAACCGUAUGAGCCGAGGUGCUCGGAAGAUGAAAGGAUGAUCCGUGCAUUGAACAGGUCACUAUGA